AUGGCUUCGACCAGAGCUGAAGACAACCUGACGGUGAAGCAGAAAAUCUCUUGGGCCGGUUACUUAUGGGACACGGCUGACCUUCCUCCUGACGAACGGUGGCUCUUGUUCAAAGUCGAUGCGUCGUUACUUAUAUUUGCUUCACUCGGGUACUUCUUGAAGAACUUGGACCAAUCGAAUGUCAACAAUGCUUUCCUGAGUGGCAUGAAAGAAGACCUAUCAAUGUACGGCAACGAGUUAGUGACCGCUACCUCAAUAUGGACGGUUGGAUAUGUCAUUGGACAGAUACCGUCCAAUUUACUUCUCACCCGCAUAUCACCCCGUUGGUUGAUCCCCGGUCUGGAAAUUGGCUGGGGAUUGGCGACACUGGGAAACUAUGCUGUCAAGGAUAUCAAGGCAUUAUACGCUUUGCGUUUCCUUGUAGGAUUGUUUGAAUCUGGCUUCUACCCGGGAAUUCACUACAUUUUGGGCUGCUGGUACACUCCAAGAGAGUUGUCAAAGCGCAGCUACAUUUUCUGGGUUUCGGGUAACCUGGGUACCAUGUUCAGCGGAUUUUUACAGUCAGCGGCUUAUACAAAUCUUGGCGGGGUCAAUGGGUUGCAGGGAUGGAGAUGGCUAUUCAUCGUGGAUGCCGUUAUUACUUUGCCCAUCGCCCUGUUCGGCCUGGCUCUUCUCCCCGCACUUCCAUGGCAACAAAAUUUAUCCGUCAAUUAUAUGACUCCUCAUGCUGAUACCCGGAAACAGGAAAUAGAAAUUGCGCGCGCUCGCAUGAAAGCUAUCGGACGUAAAGGCAGCGAGCCUUGGAGCUGGGCCAAACUUCGUCGUCUUCUAACUGGAUGGCAUUUCUGGAUUCUACCCAUGCUAUAUGUAAUCUGGAACAAUUCCAGUAUUCAAAGCCCAAUGGGAUAUUGGCUCAAGAGCUUCAACAACGUCCCGGCCCCGGUGCCCGGUGUGUCCUUCACUGUAUCUCAGAUCAACUUGCUUCCUCUCCCUGGGAACGCCAUCGUGGUCGUCAAUUCCCUGGCUUGGGCUUGGAUUGCCGACGGCCCAAUGCGAGGGACGAGAUGGCCAUUCAUCUACUUGAAUGCUGUGCUGAUGAUCAUAUUCGCCGUCACCCUUCGCCAGCUUCCGAUCUAUCAAAGUAUCACGGGACACUUCGUGAUCUACUACUUGAGCAACAUCGCUGGAUCGGCGGGACCCAUGAUUUUGAACUGGAUUGGCGAGAUUUCCAGCGGAGAUAACGAAGCUCGCGCCAUCCUUGUCGCGAUGGGCAAUGAUCUUGCCUACGUUGUCCAGGCAGUGGCGCCGAAUUUCGUCUGGAAAACGACCGACUUUCCUGCCGCAACCAAAGGGAUGACCUGGUCGAUCGUUCUCUCCUGCCUUCUCAUAUUCUGGAAUACGGUCGUUCUAUCCUUUCUCUGGCGUGAUAGGCGCAAAGCGAAGCAGCAGAUCGAGAGUGAUAUUACGGACGAGCCUGAAGAAUCUUUGGACGGAAAGGACACAGCUACGUUCGGGCCGAGCGGAGACGUCCCAAGGUUGUCUGUGUGA